UUCAACCUCAACCUCUUCCCAGCCUCCCCUCUACCUCUGUCCCUGGCUGUCCCUCUCCCCCUUCCCCUGCCCUCACCAUCCCACUCUCCUCUGUCAAAUACAAUCCUGCAUCCUGUGCAUCGUCCUGUCCUUACCCAAAUUUCCAGCUUGAGUUCCAGUCUCUCUCUCUGGAUCCAGACCUUCUUUUGUCCAUAUCUCACCCGACAAUCCGACAGUGAGCGCACUGUUGCGACGAGCAUUCUCGCUCAACUCUACUGCACCGCCGUCGCUACCAUUACGCCUUGCGGUUGACGGCUUUUUUGAACGGCGGCGAUUGCGUGAAGCCAUCGACUGCGUACUUUGCACUGCUGCAAUCUAUUGGCAACAGAUUUUGGCUAUCCAUCCGAGGUCGACAGCGCCAUGGCCAAUUCUCAGUCCCCCGCGGAUGAGUCGACAGUCCCUGCCACUCCUCCUUACGCUCGCACUCGCUCUGCGGACAGCAUGGGUAAAUCCUCCUAUGCGUCUCCUCCACCAAUGUCAGCCUCUAUGACACCUCCUCCGUCCACGCAGCCUCCUCGGUUUCAGUCUCCCGUCAAUCGCAUAAGCGCCGCUCCCAUCGACGCCUUACUUGCUUCACCUCCGCCAACUGCUAUCAGAUCAAAUGUCCUUGGCGCCUUGCCCACCCCAGAUGCGAUCGCGAAAGCGGAGAUCGAUGAACUGCGAACCAUGGCCACUGACUUGGUCGCAGCAGUCCGAGAAGCAAGAACCUCGGCCGCUCACUUCAAAUUGCAACACAGUCUUCUGGCCAUGGAGGCGGACCAAGCUGCGCAACGAGCUGAGGUCGAACAACAGAUGAGUCGUCGGGAAAUUGAGGUCCUUCAAACCGCCGAAUACAGGCAGCGCGCAUCGAUGCUUUCACGAAACUCAGUCCCCCCACCGCAACCCCAGAUUGAGGCAUUGACCAAAACAUGCCGGGCUUUGGAGGAGGAACGUGAUGAGGUGGAGAAACGACUUGCGCGAGCGAAGAAGCUUGUCGAGUUGCAGAAUGAUAGGAACGAAUUGCUCGAAGAGGAGAAUGCUCUCCUCAAGAGGCGAAUUCGCGAGAACAGAGAGCACUUCACGAGAUUUAAAAGUAUGUCGCCAUCGUACACCACGCCUCGCGACACCUUCACGACACCUCAUCGGAAGCCCGUGCCUCGCUUCCCAGAGUCUGCACCUGCACCGAACCAUUCGAACAUUGCUGCCCUUCUUGCGGCCGGUGAAGUUCUUAGUGGAGAGAGUCUCAGUGUCCCUUCGACGCCAACCAGAACUCAUACCUCCAAGUUCAAGCAUGGCCAUACUCGUGGAGCUCAUUCACUGUCUUCGCUGCAGACUACGCCUGUACAAGUUAGGCCUGCCACCCGCGACGGCUACCCAGCGUCUAUGGUGCCCUUUUCUGCACCUACUUCCCAAUUGGUAAUUGAGUCAGCCGAAAGAGAACGCCAUGACCGAGACAGCACCAUUUCCGUAUCCGAUGCCGAAGAGGGCAACAACGAUGACAGCAUUCCAGAGUCUCAGGCCAGUUCACUGGCGAGCGACAUGCUGCGUCGAAACCCAGGCUCUCAAGAGAGCUUGAGGCUGUCUCAAGGCGCAGAGCGCUCAAGCAAUUUACUUCAAAGCAAGAUAUUUGGCCCCGUCAAGAAACCUCAGAUCAGAAAGCGAGGCGCGAGUUUUGGAGAGUCUGACAUCAAGGCGAAGAAAGCAAAGCUUUCUCAAGGAGUUGGCCUUGGUAUUGGGUCUUGGAGUCAAGGCUAAUGGGGAUAUGGCAGAUGAUGGGAAUGAAUGAUGAUUGGAGAUGUGCUUGUAAUGAUACCCUCUCGAAUCCGGCGUUGGUGUUGAGAUUGGAGGCUUGGAAAUGAAGUGUUACAGUAGGAUGUCUCUACCCUGGUAGCUCAUGCUCAGUCUUAUCAAUGGAGAAUAUGCUCAGACUUCAAAUUCUUUGUAUCAACCUCG